AUGACAGGCAACUCCAAUAUUGUCAAAAUCGAUGCUUUAGGCGAAACCAAAUUGUUUCGACCCAUCAAAGUUGGUGCCAAUACACUCGCUCAACGUAUAGCUCAUGCUCCAGCCACUCGAUUUAGAGCAACAGCUGAUAAUGUACCUACAAAUUUGCAAGUGCAAUAUUAUAAAGACAGAGCACAAGCACCCGGAACUUUGCUUAUUGUUGAAGCUACAUAUGUAAGUGAAGGGGGUAUAGGUUUCCCUCAUACUCCUGGUCUUUGGAAUGAUACACAAGCUGAAGCUUGGAAACAAAUUACCAGUGCAAUUAAAGAACAAGGAUCAUUUUCAAGCGUUCAAUUGUGGCAUGCAGGACGUACCGCAAUCCCUGAAGAUUUGAAAAGAAGAGAUUUUCCUUUUGUUGCACCUUCGGCAAUUUAUCAUGCCGAAGAAAUGGAAAGGCGUGCUAAAGAAUGUGGUAACGAAUUGAGAGAAUUGACUAAGGAGGAGAUUGAACAUUUGAUUAAUGAAGAGUUUCCUAAUGCAGCUAGGAAAGCUCUUGCAGCUGGUUUUGAUUACAUUGAGUUGCAUUCUGCCCAUGGAUACUUAUUGAGUCAGUUCCUAAACCCAGUUAGUAACCAAAGAACAGAUGAGUAUGGAGGAUCAAUCGAAAACCGUUCCCGUUUCUUAUUGGCCAUUGUUGACAAAUUAGUUCCUAUAGUUGGAGCUCAUAGAUUGGGGAUCAGGCUUUCUCCAUGGGCUAUAUUCCAAGUUAGUGAACCAGAAGGAAAAGAAAUCCAUUCUUAUAUCCUCAAUGAAUUACAGAAGCGCGCUGAUGAAGGAAAUGAAUUGGCCUAUGUGUCUUUAGUGGAGCCUAGAGUAUCUGGAGCCGUUGAUGUGAGUGCAGAAGACAUUCAAGGGUCUAAUGAUUUUGCAUCCAAGAUAUGGAAGGGUACACUCAUAAAAGCUGGUAACUACACCUAUAAUGCACCUAAUUUCACCGAUUUGAUUCGUGACAUUGAUAAUGACAGAACUUUGGUUGCUUGGUGUAGAUUUUUUACGUCCAACCCUGAUUUGGUACAUCGUUUGCAAAAUGGUUAUCCUUUGCAACAUUAUGAUCGUGAUACCUUUUAUCAAGCAUAUAAUUGGGGUUACAACACAUGGAACAAGUAUGGUGAGACCAAGCAAUAUGGUGAGGAAGAUGAAAAGAAGAGAGUUGGUAAACCAUUGGCUUAG